AUGGACCAAAACCGAGCACGUCCCUGCCCCCUUCUCCUCCGCGCUCCGGAGGCCUCGGGGCGGGAUCGGGACAAACUGGAACCGAGCAGGGAUGGGGAGCGCUUUGGGACAGAACAACCCCCGCGGGGACAGACGGCCCCGAGCGGCAGGGCUGGGCUGGGCCCGGCUGCCGCCGGGGUUUAUCCCUUCAUCCCCCCCAGGAACGCGGCUCCAUCAGCUCCGGCAUCGUCUCUGCAUCCUGAGCGGAGCGAGCCGCGCUCGGGCGGGGAGGGGAGGACGCAGGGGCGGCUCUGCCCAGCAGCUCUGCCCGGAGCCCCAGAGCCCUGCCCGGAGCCCCGAGCCCCUCCCGGAGCCCUGCCCGGAGCCCCGAGCCUCUCCCGGAGCCCUGCCCGGAGCCCCGCAGCCCCUGCUCCGCCACCCCCUCCCUCCCUCCCUCACCAUGCUGGACAUUUUCAUCCUGAUGUUUUUCGCCAUCAUCGGCCUGGUGGUCCUGUCCUACAUCAUUUACAUGCUCUGAAGAGCCGCCGCCGAGGAAGAUGCGGCUCAGCAGCGGCCUCGCCAGCCGAGAGGCGGCCAGCCUCCGCCCGGUGCGCGUCCCUCGGAGCCUUCUGGAACAGCGUUAACCCCUGCGAGCCCGGCGCGGAGCACGGAGCGGUCACGGAGCCGGCGGGGCCGGGGACGGGAAUGGGGGAACACGGGAGGGGGCUCCGAGGGGCUGUCCCGCUGCCGGGACGCGGCUGAUCCCCCUGUCAGGACCUGUGUCCUUCCCCCUGUCAGGACCCGUGUCCUUCCCGCGGCCGGGACCUGCGAUGCUCCCGGUGACGCACGCGGUGUCCCCAGGGGGAUGAGAGGGGUCCUGUCCCCCCGCUUGUGUCGUGUCCCCUCGGUCCGAGGCCGCUCGUCUGGGCUUAAUUUUAGGAAGUGGCUUCAGGGAGUGGAAUAAAGAGGAAUGACACAGGAGAGGGAAGAUGGCUCUGGUGUCACUGCAGGGAUGGGGGUGGGGGACACGCGGCUCCAGGGACAAAGCCCGGGAGUGCAGAGGGAUCCAGGGCAUCCCGGGAAUGCUGAAAGAUCCGAAAUCCAGCCUGAGGUACCUCUGUGUCCCCCUGCUCCAGCCUGUCCCCUCCCUGAGCCUCCCCACCCCUCUCUCAGGUCCCUCCCUGGUGUUUGGGGAAGCUCCAGGAGGCCUUGGAUAGGAAAAGGAACACUUUUGGCACGAUGGAAAUUUCUGUGGGAUGGAAAGAACAUUUCAGAGCUUCAUUUUUCCCCCUUUGGAGAUGCGUGGGGAGGUGUUUGGGGCAUCAGGAGGAUUUUUCCUGUCCUUUUUUGAAGCCCUGCAUCCAUCCUUGCCCUCCCACAGGCAAUGACUGAAAGUUUCACCCUCCUAGAAGGCAAAAUUUUCACAUUCCUGGUGUCUCCCAGGGUUUUAUUUUUUUUUAAGCAAUAAACACCUGAAAUAUC